UUGUGAUAUUUUCUCCAAUAUAGUACUAGCCGAGUUUCUUUGAUCUCUCUAAAAUGGAUCCAACAGCACGAAUCAAACAAGAGCCCGGUUUAAAAACAGAUUACCACGUAAAUAACGGCGACUUGUUAGCAAACUCCACCCCAGCUUUGGGAGGAUCGCCAAACACAAAACGUCUCGGAUCGUUUUCAUCUCCACGAGAUUUAACGCUCACAAAUGGACGACCGAUGAAACCGCCGGACAAUAAGAAAAUGUAUAAACCCAACCUAGUUGUGGCGCGAAACAGAAACACAGAUGUGAAGACAGCUUCGGGACCGAAAGUAACAAUGAAAACCGAUCGGAAUAAAAACGAUAGAAACACCAAACACAAGAAAGCUCUGCUCGUUCAAACGUCGGGCAUUUUCUCUGAUGGUAUGGCGAAACAGAAAGGUCGUUUUGCAAAAUAUGAUCGGUCAAGUUCUUCGAAAGAACCAGGCGAAUCGAUGAAAAAACCGGUCUAUGUUCGAGCCAACACGAAAGUGGAUUUAGAAGAGGAGCAAAGGUUUAUGAAAAAUUUAUGUGAUCUCGACAACGAGAUUGAUGAGUUGGACCAGAAAUUGGAGCAAGAUUUGAAACUACCUGUUAAGUUGGAAAACGCCGAUUACAAAAUAAGGCCUGCGGAAGUGAAACUAGAGCCUUUGGUCGAACGAAGCUCGGAUCCGCUCAACAUAUUGGAAUCCCUCAAGACAGGCCCAGAACAGGAAACGAACAUUUUCCUUUUACAGCUGCCCGACGCUCUGCCUGGAAAAUGUGAUACUGCAGAGAAACGAUUGGCAAGUGGCAGCAGCGACGAGAAACUGGACCCCGCCGUACCAACGGCCGCCGCCGAAACUGAACCAAGGCACUGCACAGUCCGAGACUUGGAAGAAGGUUGCAUCGGUAAGAUAAUAAGGUACCGCUCGGGAAAAACCAAACUGAUGCUGGGGGAGAUUAUGUUCGAUAUUAGCGUCGGAAUGGAUACCGGAUUCCUUCAGGAGCUGGUGUCGAUCAACACGAAUCAGUCGGAACGGAGCGGGAAUAUAAUCAACCUCAGCACCAUCAAAGCCAAGCUGAACGCAUCCCCAGAUUGGGAAUAUUUAUUUAAGAAUUCUACAUGAAAUACACGAUGCUGAACCGUUGGCCUUCUUUAGUCGGCUUUGUUGGUCUCUGUGGCUGACGUAUCGCCAUGGCGAUGAAUGUUACCGUCACGAUCUAGAGCGAAAUUGUAGCUGGUCGGUUGCACCAGGGCCAGUUCGAUGGCUUUAUCAAUAUUCUCACUGGUGAUGAAUGUUUUCGACUGUUCCUUCUCGGCACGGACCAGUUGCUCAACCUUUUCCCUCUUAUCCGCUUCCCGGUGCUCUUUGGCGACCAACCGCUCCAAAAUGUAUUCCUUCCGAGCUGCUCGUUCCACCGCUAACCGCUCGUCACGUACCGCCGCCGUUUGUCGGUUCCAUUCAUCGUUCCGCUGCAGCGCUUCCUGCCAUUCGGCUUCCUCUUCUUCCGGCGUUUGCAGCACCAUACCGGCGCGACUGACCAGUUUCGAUGCUUCCACUUCGUCUCGCAGAAAACUCCGCACGGCUUUCAUCUGAGUGCGGUAGGUAUUGUGCAACCGUUUCAAUUCAUUCACCUCUUCGGCGAUCUGCUUUUUGCGCUCCGGAACACGGAACA